AAUGCAUCUUGAAUCUUGUAACUUAAUACAAAUUAGAUUAGUUUUAGUGGUAUCCCCAAGGGGGCAAUUCCUAUGUCAUUUUUGGCCAACAGUUGCUGACAGGUGUCACCACUCCAUAAUGAACUCUCAUUCUUCUUGCAACCUAAUCUUGAUGUCCCCAUAGAGAGACACCAUCAUUUGUAGAUCCUCUGUUGUGUACCCUCCUCCACUUAAGUUCCUCCACCGGGUUCCUAGAUUAGACUAACAGUCUAUCUAACACACACCCACAUGCCUGCACUAAUCCCACUUUCAAGUAUUGAGGCAGCGUAAAAGUUAAUACUCGCAAAGGAGACAUAGCGUUACAAGUAUGAGCAACUUUGGGUACCACAAACAGCUUGGCAAGUAUGAGGACAUCGAUGAAGAUGAACUUCUGGCCUCCCUGACAAAUGAAGAAAUCCAGGAGCUGGAGAAGGUUAUGGCUGAAAUAGAACCUGAUACGAACAUACCCACUGGGUUAAGGCAAGAGGACCAGACGGCCAAGCAGCCAACAGGCACUUUUUGCCGAGAGGCUCUGCUGAAGUACUGGGAGGACGAGACUCACAGAAUGCUCGAGGACAGCAUGGAUGAGUGCCAGACAGAUAAGAGCGAAGAGGAAUGUGGCAGUGAAGAGCCUGAGGAUAAUGAAGAGGAGAGAGAGCAAGAAAAUUGGGGGCUCAAAACAGGGGGAGAUGGGGAGAAAGAAGCUAGGUCAAGCAACAGGAAUUUUGUGGACUUGUCCAGAUUAGAUUGCAAGAGGCAUGGUAAUAGUGGUCAAAAACAUAAAGCCAUCUAUAAAGGUGCCCUUCAUCAUCACGUUACCCCAGAGAGGCCAAGUGGUAACCCCACUGAUAUUGUUAAGACCUUGGAAAACAUUUUGAGGAACGACACCUCCAUGAAUGAAGUCAACCUCAACAACAUUGAGAACAUAUCCCAAGAUGUUUUGGUGAGCUUUGCUGAUGCAUUAAUCUCCAACACUUACGUUGAGGUUUUCAGCCUUGCCAACACCCAUGCGGACGACCAAGUAGCUUUUGCCUUGGCCAAAAUGCUAAAGAAGAACUGCAGCAUCACCAACCUUAAUGUUGAGUCCAACUUUAUUUCAGGCAAAGGUAUCUUAGCUUUGACUGGUGCACUUCAGUACAACACAACACUGGUGGAGCUCCGAUUCCACAACCAGCGGCACAUCUGUGGAGGCCAAGUGGAGAUGGAAAUGGUCAAAUUGCUAAGAGACAACACCACCCUGUUGAAACUGGGAUACCACUUUGACUUACCUGGUCCAAGGAUGAGCGCAACUGGGAUUUUAACCCGCAACCAGGACCGCCAGAGGCAAAUGCGACUGCAACAAAGGAAAGAACAAGACAAUCUAGAAAGACGUGAGGAACAAUCCAAGACACGGGAUACUGUGGACAGUACACAGUCUCUUCAGAUCCAGAUUUCAACAGACAAAGAUCCUACACAAGGGAAGCAACACUCGGUCUCUACUCAUUUACCAAAACAUCCUCACAGUCAACCAAAAGUUGUGAAUAAUGUGCCAUCUAGAGAAAUCGCUGAAAUGGUCAAGAAACAAGAAGAAACAGCCAUGGAUAGCGUUGUUCGAAACCAGACUAAUGCAAAUAAAGGACUCAAACUCACAGAGGACAACCAUGGCAAGAGCAUUUUUCAAAAUGAAAAAACAGUAGUUUGGAGAAGAAAAGAUGAAAGAAAGAGUCCGGAAGGCACCCAGGGGUCAACCCGUGAUGAUCUGUUGGCAGCUAUUCGUAGAAGCAGCAUUGGUACACUACGAAGGGUCACCAAUAAUCAUCGUUCCUGAGGUAGGCCUAUAAGAGGCUCAUAUAAAAUUAAUCUGUAAAACAAAUAACACAAAUUCAAACUUUUGUUUUCUUGUCUCUUAAUUCUUAGUUUGAACCAUGGCCGUUACCAGGGUUUUAAAAUGAGUGAGGUCUGGGGUGGGAAAGAAUUUUUAAGAAUUGUGUUUUAAUAACCCCUACAAAUACAACUUGUUAUAUACACUAAAUACUUUAAAAGAGACAGACAUGUAGAUGUUUUCUCUGUUUUGGAGGGAUGAACAAUGUUAAACCAUACCAUUUUUAUUGUUCAUACUUUACUAUAAGUUAGGGGUGGAUCAUUUUAUUCAUGCAACAAUACAUAUUGUGGUUAUAGGUUUCAUUAAUAACAUUGCAAUUCAGAUGUUAACUUUGUCUAGUGCUCUUAUGAUUUUUUUAGCAUGAUUUUGUGGAAAUUUAACUACUGUUCAAAUGUUUGCAUAUUUAAUUUCAUUUUGUAACCUACUAGCGCUACAGAUCUGUGUACUAAUGUUAAAUGCAUCCGUUCUUACUAGUGUUGAUAACGAUCUGACAGAUAAUAUCAUGGUUUUGUGUGUUUACCUUCACGAAUGCUGUCUGCUGUCAGCAAUAAUUGUCUGUGGGCUUUUUAAAGUACUGUCAGUUUAAGCGCCGGCAAUCAGUAUUGUCAGAUAUUGAUAAUGAAAAUGAAUAAAAAAAAAAUAGUUAAAUAAAAUAAUUAGUUAUAAAGAAGACAUUGAUGCCCCUUAACUGCAACUUCCCACUUUAUUAACUUUCUAAAGUGUCAAAAAAAGUGCCAAAGAUGCUUAUAAUAGCUGGAUCUUAACAGUGUAAGCUCAUUUUACGCCUUACACACCUUCAGAAACAUAAUUAUGACUUACUUAUAUGAGAAAUUUCAAAU